AUGGCUGAGGGCAAGGCGGGUGGAGCCGCUGGCCUCUUCGCCAAGCAGGUGCAGAAGAAGUUCAGCAGGGCCCAGGAGAAGGUUCUGCAGAAAUUGGGGAAAACUGUAGAAACCAAAGAUGAACGAUUUGAACAAAGUGCCAGCAACUUCUACCAACAACAGGCAGAAGGCCACAAGCUGUACAAGGACCUGAAGAACUUCCUUAGUGCAGUCAAAGUGAUGCAUGAAAGUUCAAGGAGAGUGUCAGAGACCCUGCAGGAGGUCUACAGCAAUGACUGGGAUGGACACGAGGAGCUGAAGUCCAUCGCAGCGAACAAUGAUCUCCUUUGGGAAGACUAUGAAGAGAAACUGGCCGACCAGGCUUUGAGGACCAUGGAAAACUAUGUGGCCCAGUUCAACGAGGUGAAGGAGAGAAUUGCCAAGCGGGGCCGGAAACUGGUAGACUAUGAUAGUGCCCGACACCACCUGGAGGCUGUGCAGAAUGCUAAGAAGAAAGAUGAGGCUAAGACUGCCAAGGCAGAAGAAGAGUUCAGCAAAGCCCAGGGUGUGUUUGAAGAUCUGAACCAGGAACUGCUGGAGGAGCUGCCUGUUCUCUAUAAUAGUCGUAUUGGCUGUUAUGUGACCGUCUUCCAAAACAUCUCUAACUUGAGAGAUGUGUUCUACAGAGAGAUGAGCAAGCUGAACCACACUCUCUAUGAAGUGAUGAGCAAACUGGAGAAGCAGCAUUCUAACAAAGUCUUUGUGGUGAAGGGACUGUCAAGCAGCAGCAGGCGCUCCUUAGUCAUCUCUCCCCCGGUUCGAACCUCAACAGCCUCCACCCCUGUGACCUCACCUACCAGCCCCUCGGCUCUCUCUGUGACCAGUGAGAGUGAGUCUGUCUCAGCAACCAGAAAAGCGCUGACCUCCGACACUGCAGAUGGAGAGGACAGCAGUGACAGCAAGGAGUCCUUAAGAGAUGAGGAAGUGGAGGACGGCCAGUCUGAAGCAAGUUCUUCAGAGGAAGAAGAGCCUCUACUAGCCUGGAACGGGCCCACCCAGGCCCCACCCUCUCCUGCAUCCCAGGAGGGAGCUGCCCUGUGCUCCGCGGCUCCAUCCCUGAGCAGAGGUCAGACCCCAGUGGAGCAGCCUUCCCCACCAGAAGUAUUCCUCCGCACCCGCACCUCGAGUGAAGGAGCAGAGCAGACCAAAAAAGGAGCCUCUAUCCAGAGGGCAUCAGCACCCCCUAGUCGGCCUCCACCACCCAAAGCCCCUUCGAGCCCCAGGCUUGCUUCAGGCAGUAGGCCCAGUAGUCUUCCAGCCUCUGGAGAAGGUUCACCCCGAAGUCCCAGGGCCUUCUCAGAAGCCUCUUCCAGUCCAGAAGCACCUGAGAAGCCUCUGAGAACCCCAGAGGCCUCAGAAAAGGAAAGCGCUGGCAGCCCGGGCCCAGAAGAGCCAUCGUCUAAUGCAACCAUGUCUACCUCCCAGGUAUUUACAAGUGAAAAUACAGAACUCUGAAGAGAAACUGCCAGGAUACCUAACCCCAUCUGCCCAUAGGAGCUUCUCUAAGAGGGUCAAGGAUACAAGCCACACCCACUCCACAUUCUCAGGCAGUGUGAAUACUUAGUUUCGGAGACCUGUCAUUGUUGGAGUCUGAGAAGCAGCCUUAGGGAAAAGGGUGUCACACUCAGGGAACAUUUUACUCAAGGUUUGAGUAUUAAUAAAGCCAGGGUUGUAAUAAUGCUAACACAAAAAUGUCUAUGGGCUUGUCCACACACUCUCAGAGGACAUAUGUCUAACUAUCCACUCACUUGGCAAAUACUUAAAGCUGAAAG